GGUGCCUCCUACCCAACCAACCCGAUCUACGAUGCCAAGCAAUUGAUUGGCCAUAAAUUCAACAGCGACAAUGUCCAACGUGACAUGAAACUGUACCCAUUCAAGGUCUUCAAGAAGGGAGACAACCCCGUCCCCCAAGUCGAAUUCAAGGGCAAGAAACGGACCUUCACUCCUGAAGCAAUCUCCGCUAUGGUCCUGGGUAAAAUGAAGGAGACCGCCGAAGCCUACUUGGGCAAGAAAGUCACCCACGCCGUCGUUACCGUUCCCGUCUAUUUCAAUGACACCCAGCGUCAAGCCACCAAGGAUGCUGGUACGAUCGCCGGCCUCAACGUUCUCCGAAUCGUCAACGAACCGACGGCUGCAGCGAUUGCCUACGGCCUUGACCGGACCAAGGGCGAGCACCAGAUCAUUGUCUACAACUUGGGAGGCAGAACCUCUGAUGUCUCGCUCCUGUCGAUCGACGUGGGUGUCUUCGAGGUCUUGGCCAGCGCCGGUGACACCCAUUUGGGAGGAGAGGACUUCGACAACCGGGUCAUCGACUACUUCAUCCAGCUCUGGAAACGCAAACAUAACGGCGAGGAUAUCACCACUAACCUCCCCACCAGUCUGCUCACAUCGAAAUCGAGUCUGCCCUCACCCACCCAUUCGAAUGCGAUCCAACACAGGUCAGUCCGGCCACAUCGAGCCCCAGACCUCGACCUACGACUGCCCGGUGCAGCAGCGGGGGAGGCGGAGGAACCCAAGCCGUCGGCUUCAGCAGACGAGGGACCUUCAUUGGGCUCACAUCUUUCACCAGACCCGAACUCACGCAGGAUCCGGCAUCUCUCGGGCUCCUCAGACGCUACCACAUACGAUAGCCAUCUCAGUAGCAUCCUUGACCCAGCGAUGAUUGUCACUCCGGUCACGCUCGUUCGGACCGCCCCGGGACGCCAGGCAGCUGUUCAACGGGUCGCCCUGCGUGGUCAGGAGAACGCUAGAGUCGUCCGACUUCCCCCAAGCGGGCCCCUCGCCACUCCAUCUCCGGAGCCAGCACCAAUCAUACCACCCGCUCACCACCACCCAACGUCCGUGAGACCUUUGGCCUUUCGCCGACGACCCCAACCCGAGGGUACCUCCACAGCCUAUGGCCAUCCCUACAGGCCUGAAAAUCAUCAUAACGCCGGAUCAAAUGGCUCACAACAGCCUCGUUCGCCUGCUGUCUACUGUCACAGGUACUCUACUCACCAGCCGGCAAUCCGACAGUCAAGCUCGUCUUAA